AGAUCGGUCAGGAGAAGGCUUAAUUUGGGCCAGGCCCACCAUCUCCCGGUUUCAGCUGGAGAUGGGGAGGAGGAAUGACAGUGUCUCUGAGCAUAUGCGGAGCGCCUUUCCCGAACCAGGUUGAUGAUAGCGGAGUCGCUCCAGGCGGUGGCAGAUUUCCGGCUCUAUGUGGAAAACCACACGCGGCAGCACCCGGAGGACCCGAGCCGGCGGCACACGCGCACCUACCAGCUCUACAGCCGCACCAGCAGCAGACACGUCCAGGUGCUGCCUGGCCGGCUGGUCUUGGCCAACGGGGAAGACGGCAACAAGUAUGCGCUGCUGGCUGUGGAAUCCGACGCCUUCGGGAGCCGUGUCCGGAUCCGGGGCCAAGAAACCGGACUCUACGUCUGCAUGGGCCACAGGGGCCACGUGCGGGCCAAGCUCAACGGGCGUGGCCGGGCCUGCGUCUUCGCCGAGGAGCUGCUGGAGAACCACUACACGGCCUUCGAGUCCGCCCAGCACCACGGCUGGUACCUGGGCUUUACCCGCCGGGGACGGCCCCUGCGCGGCUCCCGCAUCCAGCGCCGCCACCGCCAGGGCCACUUCAUGAAGCGCUGCCCCAGGGGGCCGGCCGGGCAGGGUCGCGCUGCCGCAGUCCUCAUCCGCUUCCUCGCCGCGGUGGCUCCGGGGCACAGCGGGAGCAGCCCGCCGCCCCAAGACGCUCAGGCGGCCCCAGGCGGCCCCUGGUAGAAGACGCGGAGCCCUCCGGGCGCUCUUGGGGAGGGAGACCCGGCCGAAUAUCCCAGCGGCAGCGAGCGGCCUUUCCGAGACCCCCUCCCUCGGGGAACCGUCCAUUCAGCGCUCCCAAGAGCCUCCUGGCGACGGCCCGCCAGCCCGGAGACAUUUGGCCAGCCUCCCCAUGGCAGAAAUUGGGAGAAGGGCGAGGCCGCCGCCCAGGGCCUCCUUCCCCAGAGCGCCCGGCUGGGACUGGGCCGGAUUUAGGGCCAGAAGCCGCUGCCCGCCGUCUAGAGUUUCUGGUCCUGCUGCUCUCAGUCUCCGGCCGGCCGCUCUGGUCGAGGGAGCGAGCAGCCUCCUUCGCCUUCUCAGGCAAAGGAGGUCUUGGCCGCCUGAGUGGCUAUUGGUAGCCAAACAAACGGGGCUCGCCGAAGGCGGUCUGCGCGGGGGUCUUCCUUCCAGCCCUCAGUCCCGCCAUGCACAGGCUCACGGGCGUCCACAGUCGUCAGAAUCAGGGCCACGGCCAGUGAACACGUGUGUCGCCUUACUUAAGCAGGGGUGAGACACGCAUCUCUUUCCAGGGCUCUCCAGUCUUGGCAGAGGCUUCACAGACCAUGAUCCAGCCGCCUGCAGGAGGAGCCGCGCCCAGCGCCCGGCAAGGGCGACCUCCAAGCCUGGCCGGGAAGGCUCUGGGUGCUCCCAGGCUGCAGCAGCAGCAGCAGCAGCCCCGGCCGGGCCCCAGUCGCUCGCCUUCCGCCGCCCCCUGGAGAGUCAGCCCCACGGAGAGGGACGCUGGCCGCUCUGCGGGAAGGAGAAGGCCUGGCCGGCGGUGGCCGGCUGAAGAGCGCAGCAGCCAGGGGCUCUGGCCGUCGGCCUUUUCCCCGCCGGGACGCGCUGCCCGCCCUGGCAUUCUGCCCUCUGGGCUGCCCGGCCGGCCGAGAGGCGAUGCCAGGAGGCUCUGCGCCCACCUUCGGCUCUCUCCAGCGCUGCUAACGAGCCGCGGCGGCGGCGGCGGCGGCCCGUCCUGGCUGAAGCCCGCCUGGCCUGACCGGCUGGCCGGAGCCAGAACUGCCCGCUCCCUCUCUUGGCAAGCAGGGGGAGCCGAGGGGGUGGAGGCUGGCGCCGCUGCCUAGCCCGACCUCAGCUCCAGCCCGCUCCUGGCGCCGUCUUCGCCUGCGGGGGGCGCCGACUCCUGCUGGCUGGCAAACGACCUCGGUCGAAGGGGCCAGCCCCGGGGAAGGAAGCCGCGGCUCGCCCUGAAGGCUCCUGCAGGCGCUGGGAAUGGGACGCCUGCCUUGCGGGGCGGUCCAGGGGGUCCCGCCUGCAGCUCAGAGGCGCGGGGCUGGUUCCUCCAUCCGCUCCCUUCCGCAGUCGCGCAGGAGGAGGCGGGCGGCGCCCCAGGCCCCUGAUGGGCAAAGGGGGCAGGAAGAAGCCCCACCUCCACAGGCGGCGCACCCCCCAGUCCCACCACCCCGGGAGAAGGAAGGGAGCCCCCGACCUCGCCGCCUCCCGCCAACCCCUCCAUCACCCUCGCAGCUGCCCCAGGAGGGGUGACUCAGUCUGGCGGGGGGGGCGCUUUCCCUCGGGAGGGCUGCUGCGGGUCUCUGCCGCCGCCUGUUCGUUUCUCCAAGACUCCGCACUCGCCUCUCCCCGCACCCGAAAAGGGCCGACUCAGGACCCCGUGCGGUCUCUGGAUGUGCCACAGACCGCAAGAGGGAACUCGUGCAAGAGAAUGCCCUGCAGGUAGGAAGGAGGUGUCAGAAGAAAGGGGCCUUGUGCUGACAUAGGAGGGGAAAGGGGGGCAGGGCAAACGCCUGGCCACAACUUCAUUCCGGAUCAGCAGCAGCAGCAGAUGUGCAGCCGAUGAAACGGGCUUCGUGCGCAGGGAGCUGGACAGCCGGCCGGGUCACACAGCCCUUGCGCUCUCUGGCCCUGUCCUGACAGCUACCCAGGGGGGUCAAGACAGGGGUCCCCUCACUUAGGACUGGGCCAAGGUGGUCGACAGGGCUAUGGGCCACCCAGCUAGGGGCUGACUGUGGCCAGCUCCUCUUGCUUCUUGAAUUGCAGCCCACUCUGUCCCGCCCUAUACUCCCAGUGCUUAAAGUAAAGGUAACGUGUGCCACCAGCUCCUGGCUGGCCACUUAAGGUGGCUCUGGUGCCUACCCCCUGCCAAUUAACCAAGUUGUGCAAAUUGUGAAUAACCCCCUCCCCCCAGUGAGGGUGAACAAGACCUGCAAAUCACAGCCAAUCUGGUAAAGCAGGGCCAAAAAAUUUCCCCACAGCCCCAUCAGGCAGAGAAGGCUCCUCAUUUGGGGUAGAGGGAGCAUUGCCCUCCCCUGCCCCACGUUCUUGCCAGCCCCCUAUUCUCUCACCAAACCUACCAUCAUCUCUGUCUUUCUCUUUCUCUCCCUAUGUCCGUCUCUGGCUUGAACGUUGCUCUUGCAUUUCUGCUGCUUGCCAGUAGAUUUAAUCCCAGGCCAGGCCGGAAUAAGAGC